AAGAAGAACAACGACCGAACGGAGGCGCUAGCCGCUUUAGCUCGUAUUCCGAGAACGGUGGUGUUUUGUUUGGAAUUUUGUGAGAUUUUGGGACAGAUAGGACGAAAUGGUUCGUGUCGGGACUCUCAGCAUUUUCCAAAAUGUUGCAAAUCAGUGAAUACGUUUAAAAUGUAAAGACAACGUGGCUGUGAUUGUGAGACUCGCAAAUGAUGAUCGAAAUUGCAUAGGACGGCGGUGUUUUUGUGAGUUUGAGCUGCAGUAACGAUGUCUUCACUUCAGUCUCUGAGAGAGUUUAUCAACGAGCGACUAGCUGCUGCUGCUGAAGAAAUCUUCAGACACUGUGAAGGAACCAUCGUCCAGUACGAGCAGGAGCUCUGUCGUCAGCGCAGACUGCUGGAUAUCGUCUGGAAACCACAGCUUCAGCUGAACGCCAUAGUCCUACCCCAGAACGAUGCGAGUGAAAAGGAUGAUCUCUACAACCAGCAGGGGAACUCCAGUGUGGAACAAGAGGAGUCAGAACUUCCACGGAUUCAAGAGCAACAAAAAGAGCCAGAACUACAAAAAAUAAAAGAGGAGCAGGAUGAACUAGAACAUACACAGAUCGAAGAGGAACUGGGGCGACAAGAACCUCGACCUUUUAAAGAGGAACAGAGGGAACCAGAACCUCCACAGAUGAAAGAGGAGCAAGAAGGAUUCUGCAUCAUUCAGGUUGAAGAACAGCUUGAUCUGAAGCAGGAGACUGAUACCUUGAUGGAGAUUCUUACUUAUGAGGAACAUGAGAGCAGUGAAGCAGAUCUAAACAAUCAGCAGAGAUUUAAUGUAACUGAUAGUCAGAAUGAAGAGGGAAGCCAACAUGAAGAAUCAACAUCAACUACAGACGGAGAGACAGACCCACAGAGCAUAGAUCAGAGGAAGAGAAGGGAUAGUCUUUUCUGUGUAAAUUCUAGUGAAGGAACAAGAAUGACACAAAAUGAGUCUGUCAGUAUGAGAACUGAGUCUGAUGACAGACCCUAUGUCUGUGAGGAAUGUGGUAAAACUUUUAGUUAUGUGUCUCGUUUCCGAAUUCACAUGAGAACUCACACUGGAGAGAAGCCUUUCGCUUGUAAACAAUGUGAUAAACGUUUUCGUGAAAACUCUAAUCUCAUAAGACAUGUGAGAACUCACACAGGAGAAAAGCCUUUUUCUUGUAAAGAAUGUGAUACAAGUUUUAAUCAAAAAUCUAGUCUCACAAGACAUAUGAGAACUCACACAGGAGAGAAGCCUUUUUCUUGUAAAUAUUGUGACAAAAGUUUUUGUGACAAAUCUCUUCUCAAAAGACACAUAAGAACACACACUGGAGAAAGGCCUUUUUCUUGCAAUGAAUGUGAUAAAAGUUUUAGUCAUAUAUCAAAUCUCAAAACACACAUGAGAAUUCAUACAAGAGAGAAGGCAUUUUCUUGUAAAGAAUGUGACACAAGUUUUAGACAAAUAUCUUAUCUCAAAAGACACAUGAUGACUCAUACAGGAGAGAUGCCUUUUUCUUGUAAAAAAUUGUAAUAAAGGAUUAAGUGGGCACUUUAAACCAAAAAAAGGAAAACUCAGAGCACAGGACUCAUGCAGUAAAAUAGUACAUAAGAACAUGUACUUAAAAAAAAGGAAAAGUUUGAUUUUUUAAAUAUAAUUUUUUAAGAAAACUGGAAUUUUACACGUAACUUAUAUAAUAAAUGGAAUAUUAAAAGACCUUUGAUUUAUUUCAGUUGUCUAAAAAUUUUAUGUUGGAAAGUCUUGGGGCCCUUCAACCCUUCCCUUCUCGUGUUCCCAAAUGGGAUUGCUUCCUGAUAUGGAUGCUGCCAUGUUGAAACCAAUCACCAUUGAUUGGUCUGAGUCAUCGUAUCUAUGGCAACAACUGUCGUUAUGGCCAUAGAUACAAUGACUCAGAGCGACUCGGUUCAAUCUUUUCCUUCAUCUAUCCUCUUCUUUCUUUCUCUUCUGCUGCUUCCCAGUCUUCAAAACUAUCAUUCAUCACAAAGGAAACUAUAAAAUCAGUCAUAUCUUUUCUACUGUCUUGCUGUUGUGAUAAACUGUGGAAAAGGGUAUGUCAACAUAUGUAUUAAAUUUAUAAGAACUUAGUGGUCAGUAUUUUUAGGAUUGCUCAGAAAAGUGUUCCUAAUGUUUUAUGAUGUGUUAAAUUUGACUUGAUGUUUUUUUUUCCUUGCUCCUAAUUGUUCAAGAUUGUUAAAAAAUCCCCCUUGGUGGUGUCAAAGUAAAGGUCGGAAGUCUAAUAUAAUAAAAAUAACUUCAUAAAGCCA